AUGGCGAGCAAUGUGAGUCUAAUCAGGGGAAUGGAGGAACUGGAUUCGUUGACGUUCCACUACCAAGCCUCAUCUUCAUCAGAAGAUCUUUCCUAUGUCAAGAAGCCUAAGAGGGAACCGUCAAAGAAACAAGGUUCGAAAAGUGAAGGACGUGUUUCUGGUUCCGGGAAAAGGAAGCGUGCCAAGUUGCAGCUGCUCAUGGACAAAAUGCCAACUGAGAUCAUUCUCGAAAUUUGUUCCCAUCUCGAACCUCGCGACCUGCUUCAUCUCGUGCGAUCCGCAAAGGUCUUUGCGCAAUAUCUGCUAAGACCAAGUGCUGCAGGGGUAUGGAAAGCCUCUCGAGAGGAGUGUGUACCGGACAUGCCCUCAAUUCACCCAGACAUCACAGAGCAGAAAUAUGCUUUUCUUGGCUUCGGCUCCAAUUGUCAGAGCUGCGGGACCGUCACACCUUUGCCUGUCAACUGGUACUUGCGGAAACGAUGGUGCUCUAGGUGCCAUGACAUUAUGCUUACUUUAGCGUACAGCGAAACCCAGUUAUAUAGUCAUCCACAAUAUAUUCGCGGAUGCAACAGACAUGAAGUCGUCCUUUACCAAGCCGACGUUCCUCGCUAUGGGGCUAGGAGGCGAAAUUACUGGUUCCGCGCAUGUCCAGAUAGCGAGCUCAAGGCUCUCAGGUUAAAGGCGCAGGAGCUCACCGAUGAGGAAUGGGUGAUAUACGUUUCGGAGCAAAAAGAGAAAAAGCGGGCGUUGGAUGCUCACGCGAAAUUAUGCACAGAUUGGACUAGGAAGCGCAUUUCCGGUCGCCAGGACGAGUUAUCUUCUCUCCGCCGUGAGCGUGAGCAAGCCGUGAGGUCAAGAUUGGAGGCGAUGGGAUUCGCCAGCGUGUUCAUUGGCCAUGCCAUCGAAAGAGGAUUUACGGGGCUCCGGGUGUCCCGGCGCUUGACAGAUAAAGAAUGGGCUGGAAUCGAACGACAUGCCGUUCAGGCAACCGAAGAGCGUGAGCGGACCUAUACAGAAUCAUUUUCUUAUCGGGCAAGAUGGCGCAUUCUUUCAAGCUAUCGGUCCUGGUACGAAUGCCACGAUCCAGGAAAUGAGUUCUGGCCCACUCCCCCGGAUAUAUGGACGCUUGCCGCUGUCAAGGACUCUUUAAUUGAGAUUUUGAAGACUAAUUUUCAUCAUCUUCAAGAUACCGACGAAGUCCCCGAUAUCAUAAUCGAAACUCUGGCGCUCCGCUUUGAAGACAUUGCCAACAAUCACUCAAUCAGUUCUAGGUCGGAGCUGCUCGAACUUGUCCCUAUGGAGUCCAGACUAUCCUCCGUUCAAGAAACGUUAGAACUAGCUCGAACACUCUUUAUGAAAAUACCGGAUUAUGAUUUUAGAGGCGCUAGAUAUCCCCGCGUCAUACAUGGCGAUCGAAACACGAAAUGGCAGUGGGACGAGCGCGGAUCAGCCAUCAUGAGUGAUAUCAUCAUUUUGGCUGGACACGACCCUAAUGUCAUGACCUUCGCACAAUUUUUGGAAGAGAAUAUAUGGGUGGAGUGCCUUGCUUGUACCACCCAAGUAGAUCGAGGGAAUAGUGUGUUGCAAGCUCCAGAAGCUGUAAGGCACUGUCAUAGAUACCACCGCCUCUUGCCCGAUGAUGAACGUGUGGAAUGGAGAAUUUUGGAAGGGCAGGAGCUCGAAACCGCGGCAUCGAAUGCCAUAAAUCGCUGGUCAUGUCUGCUGUGUGACUAUAUGGAUUUCCCCUCUGAGGACCUCGUGCUUGAGCACAUUGCAUCACAACAUCCUUGUGCGCGCCCGGAUUUACAGUAUUGUUAUAUGGGGAUGUAUCGUCAAUUAUCACGAAAACCUAUUCCUGAUUCAGUGCGCUUGGGGCUGGAAGCCGAGGCCAAUGCGACCGGAGUAUCCACGACUAGCUCUUAGUUCCUUUCGUACGCUUGCGUUGGAUAUUUGUUGGGCGGAUUUGUGUUAGGAGCUUCCUAAUACACUGCAACCCACUCGGGCACUGCGAAGUCAAUAUAUAAUCCUGGUGCUAAAGUCAAGUUGCGGAGUGCCCGGCUCCACGCACGCAACCGAUCUUCAGUGAUAUUAUCCAUUGGAUACUCGUGCGAGAACUACCGUGCAUGAUCUGCACCUUACUAUCUGGCUGGUGGCCCCUGCACCAGCGCCUGGACUCGUUUGAUUAAAUUCAAUUUUUC